UAUGAUACCUCGAUGAUAUUUGGAGUAACGGGAUAUGAUACAACUUUGUCUUUUUACUAAUGGGAUGCACAAACACAACUACAAGUUGAAUUGGUGCAAAAUGUCAUGAUUUAUGGAUAUCUUUUAUGUUUUCUCUUUUUCUUGCUUCAUAAGGCGAAUGAGCGGUGGAUGCGCAUGCAAUUGAACCAGAAACCUGUACACCAAGAGCAUCAUAUCUGCUCGAAUUUGGGUUGAAUUUUAUGCCACACCGCAGGAGGAAAUUACGUCAUCUAUUCAUAUAGGAAACCCGGAGUUGCUUCGGACACAAAGACACAUGGAGAAUAUUGGAAAAUCGGGCAGCAGGGAAGAGGCGCUUUCGCGUUUGCAUUCAUUUAUAUCUGUUAUCACAUUCAUUGGGUUUUAUACUUGGUGGGCUCAUUCAGUCUACGUUUGUACUUAUCUUGAUGACAAUUUCCUACUAUUCUGCUUGUGCUAUUGUACUUCCUUCAAUAAUGGUCAAGAACAACUCAGCUCAAACAAACAAGCGUUAGACAGCGCUGCAUUGCCAAGAUCUUCUUCCUCCCCAUGCAUGCAUGCAGGCUCUAGCUGGCUUUUAUAUAAUGGGCCCACCGAGGAACCAUAUCUCCCGUGCAUUACUACAAAGCGUACGCAAAGGAGAGAGCGCUCUACCAGCAAAUAUGUCCUCCAAACAUCAGGAGCAGACACCUUACGAGUAACAAGUGAAGAAAAGAAGUUGUUUUUUUUAUUACACACAAAUGAAAAUUAAGCUCCUAAGAACCGUAGAAUUUGGUUAUAGCGCAUCACAUCACAGGACAUGGGCCGGAUAAAGGUAAAAAAAACCCAAAGGCGGCCAAUAAAAAAAAGGGGAAAAUUC